GACAAUAAUAUCACCUAUUGCUUUGCAAUGGAGCAAGUAAAAUCACCACCAUCCUCCCCGGCAAUAACAAAUUGUCGGGGCGGAGGGGGAAGCAGUACGAGACACUCGAUUUAUCGCGGUGUCCGUAGACGACGAUGGGGAAAAUGGGUGUCCGAAAUUCGAGAACCAAGAAAAAAAUCACGAAUUUGGCUAGGUUCUUUUUCUUCACCUGAAAUGGCAGCUAGAGCUUAUGACGUGGCGGCUUAUUGCCUCAAAGGAAGUAAAGCAGAGCUGAAUUUCCCCGAUGAAAUAGAGAGAUUACCACGACCGAUUUCUUCCGGGGCUAGAGAUAUUCAGGCAGCAGCGGCGAUGGCAGCGAAUAGUACGGGAAUUGUUAAGGAAAAAAAUCAUGAAGAUCAUUGCUGUUGUAGUAAUGAUGAUUUUUGGGAGGAAAUUGAGCUGCCGGAAUUGAGGGAUAUUGCCGGAAAAGAUCAGUGUUUGUCAUCGGAAAGUGAUGAUAAUUAUUUUUACUCUGAGGUAUGGCAAUGGAAUUCUUGUGGUGUGGAGUUUCCUAGUGAUUAUAGUAUUAUAUAGUAGACGAUUGAGUUGUGUAAUUAUUGUACAGUAUAGUAGUAUUUCCCCUCGUUGCAAUUUAUAUAUGAGAUUUCGAGA